GCUGAGCGCACGUCCGCCCAGGGAGCUCCAGCGGCUGCCCCGGCCCACGGCCCCCUCCCUGGCUCCCACCUUCCCUUCCUCGCUUGCUGCCUCCCUCCAUCCCCGGCUCCCGUGCCGUCCGCCCGCCCCGCAGCCCGCGGCUCCGCGCCCCCCGCAGCCGCGAUGCCCGCGGCCCGGCCGCCCGCCGCGGGACUCGGCGGGAUCGCGCUGUUCCUCGCUCUGCUCCUGGGAAGCCCCGCGGCAGCUCCAGCAGGAGAUGUGCCCCUGGAAGGAGAUGCUGGCCCUUCAGGUACCUACCUUCUACCCUCGGGAGCCCUGGAGAGCAGCAAUCUGAGCAAAGAGACCCCUGAAGAAAGAGUGACCACUGCCCCUCUGAAUCCAGUGCAGUCGGAGGAGGAGUUCAGUGAACCCGAGUCAGAGGGAACAGUCCCCUCUGUGCCUCAAAACCCUGCAGCCACAUCCACGCUGCUUCCGCUUCAGGAGGAGCCGGGUAGCAGGCACGCCUUCCCCUCCAGGAAAAAGCUGCCUUCACUCAAGCAGGUGAACUCCGCCAGGAAGCAGCUGAGGCCAAAGGCCACCUCUGCAGCUGUCCAGAGAGCGGGGUCCCAGCCAGCAUCCCCAGGCCUGGGUCUCCUCUCCUCCGCCACGGAGAAGCCUCGCCCCCAAGGAGACCAGGACCCAGUGGCCUCUGCAGGGGAGGAGACCCGCCCACUGUCACUGUCUUCGGAGGAGCCCCUCUGGCUGGAACGGAAGGAAGGUUCAGUCCCCACGACUCCCGCACCCCUGCAGAUUGCCCCCUUCACCUCGCAGCCGCUGGUGGCCCACACGCUCCCCCAGGGCCCGGAUCCCGGGGAGCCCGCCAUGGCCGAGGAGGCCCCGGACGCUCCCCACGAGGAUGCCAGCCCCAUGACCCUGAUGGACAAAGGUGAGAACGAGCUGACCGGGUCGGCCUCAGAGGAGAGCCAGGAAACCACAACUUCCACCAUCAUUACCACCACAGUCAUCACCACCGAGCAGGCCCCAGCUCUCUGCAGUGUGAGUUUCUCUGAUCCUGAAGGGUACAUCGACUCCAAUGAUUACCCACCACUGCCCCUCAACAACUUCCUGGAAUGCACAUACAACGUGACAGUCUACACUGGCUAUGGGGUGGAGCUCCAGGUAAAGAGCGUGAACCUUUCCGAGGGAGAACUGCUUUCCAUCCGUGGAGUGGAUGGCUCCUCCCUGACCAUCCUGGCCAACCACACGCUCCUGGUAGAGGGGCAGGUAAUCCGAAGCCCCACCAACAGCAUCUCUGUCUACUUCCGGACCUUCCAGGACGACGGCCUUGGGACCUUCCAGCUGCACUACCAGGCCUUCAUGCUGAGUUGCAACUUUCCCCGCCGGCCGGACUAUGGAGAUGUCACAGUGAUGGACCUGCACUCUGGCGGGGUGGCCCACUUCCACUGCCACCUGGGCUAUGAGCUCCAGGGUGCCAAGACGCUGACGUGCAUCAAUGCCUCCAAGCCCCAUUGGAGCAGCCAGGAGCCCAUCUGCUCAGCCCCGUGUGGAGGGGCUGUGCACAACGCCACCAUUGGCCGCGUCCUCUCUCCAAGUCACUCUGGAAAUGCCAGUGGGAGCCAGUUCUGUGUGUGGACAAUUGAGGCCCCAGAGGGCCAGAAGCUGCAUCUGCACUUUGAGAGGCUGUCGCUGCACGAGAAGGACAGGAUGAUGGUCUACAGUGGGCUGACCAACAAGUCCGCUCUUCUCUAUGACUCCCUGCAAACCGAGAGCGUCCCCUUCGAGGGCCUGCUGAGUGAUGGCCACACUAUCCGCAUCGAAUUCAUGUCUGACCAGGCGCGGGCAGUCUCAGCCUUUAACAUCCGGUUUGAGGCCUUUGAGAAAGGUCAUUGCUAUGAGCCCUACAUUCAGAAUGGGAACUUCACCACGUCUGACCCUACCUAUAACAUCGGGACCAUCGUGGAGUUCACCUGUGACCCCGGCCACUCUCUGGAGCAGGGCCCAGCCAUCAUCGAGUGCAUCAACAUGCGGGACCCCUACUGGAAUGACACUGAGCCCCUGUGCAGAGCCAUGUGUGGUGGGGAGCUCUCUGCUGUGGCUGGGGUAGUACUGUCCCCAAACUGGCCAGAGCCCUACGUGGAAGGUGAAGAUUGUAUCUGGAAGAUCCACGUAGGGGAGGAGAAACGGAUCUUCUUAGAUAUCCAAUUCUUGAACCUGAGCAACAGUGACAUCCUCACCGUCUACGACGGUGACGAGGUCAUGCCCCACAUCUUGGGACAGUACCUUGGAAACAGCGGCCCCCAGAAGCUGUACUCAUCCACGCCGGACCUCACCAUCCAGUUCCACUCGGACCCUGCUGGCCUCAUCUUUGGGAAGGGCCAAGGUUUCAUCAUAAACUAUAUAGAGGUGUCAAGGAACGACUCCUGCUCAGAUUUGCCUGAGAUCCAGAAUGGCUGGAAAACCACUUCUCAUACGGAGCUUGUGAGGGGAGCCAGAAUCACCUACCAGUGUGACCCCGGCUAUGACAUCGUGGGGAGUGACACUCUCACCUGCCAGUGGGACCUCAGCUGGAGCAGCGACCCCCCAUUUUGUGAGAAAAUUAUGUACUGCACCGACCCCGGCGAAGUGGACCACUCAACCCGCCUGAUUUCGGACCCCGUGCUGCUGGUGGGCACCACCAUCCAGUACACCUGCAACCCGGGCUUCGUGCUGGAAGGCAGCUCGCUCCUGACCUGCUACAGCCGCGAAACCGGCACACCCAUCUGGACAUCUCGCCUGCCCCACUGCGUUUCGGAGGAGUCCCUGGCAUGUGACAACCCAGGGUUACCUGAAAACGGGUACCAAAUCCUAUACAAGCGGCUCUACCUGCCAGGAGAGUCCCUCACCUUCAUGUGCUAUGAGGGCUUCGAGCUCAUGGGCGAAGUGACCAUCCGCUGCAUCCUGGGACAGCCAUCCCACUGGAACGGGCCACUGCCCGUCUGUAAAGUUAAUCAGGACAGCUUUGAACACGCUUUAGAAGUAGCAGAAGCGGCAGCCGAGACAUCUCUGGAAGGGGGAAACAUGGCGCUGGCCAUCUUCAUCCCGGUCCUCAUCAUCUCCUUACUUCUGGGAGGCGCCUACAUUUACAUCACCAGAUGUCGCUACUACUCCAGCCUCCGCCUGCCCCUGGUCUACUCCCACCCCUACAGCCAGAUCACCGUGGAAACCGAGUUCGACAACCCCAUCUAUGAGACAGGGGAAACCAGAGAAUAUGAGGUUUCCAUCUAGAGAAGGCUGCGCUUGAGAUGGGAACUUUCACAUAUGAACUCAACUACAACCUCCUCGAGAACUUCAUCCAGAGACUACGUGGCAUUUGAUGGAAAACCCCAGCGUGUCAGCUGUCUUUUCUUUGGACACUUUAUUGAUGAUUUACUGUUUUCUUCGCUGUAUUUAUUAUAUUUAAAAUCAAAAAUAGGUGUGGUUAGAUGUACUGCCGCUGCAGCCAAACUCGUGGCACAGCCUCACUCUGAAGGCGGGUGGAGGAUCAGUAAAAUAGCAAACACAGCAGCAGAGGGAAGAUAAAAAACACAACCAAAGGCUGUUUCUCCCAUCAGCAGUGCCCUGCUAUGGCUGCAUCAGAUUGCAUGCAUCUUCGAGAUCCAUGCUCAUGGAGUUCUUUGUCCAAGUCUGAGUCCCAAGAUUAGGUUGGAAUUUAGCAUGGAUACUUAAACACCUCUGCUCCCAAACCAAGCUGUGUCCUCCCUUCUAAUUUUCCGAGCUUCUGGAAGGUCUUGCCCUAUCCCCUCCCCACCCCCCUGCAGUCCCCCUGAAAGCUGCAGGGGUGUUACAGAAACCUUCUCUUUCACCACCCUGGCCUCGCUGGAUGCUGGCAAAUUAAGAAAGUGUUUUCUUUCUAAAAUGGUGACAAGUGACAAAGGCAAAUUUUCAGAGAAGAGAGAUGUGAGAGUUUCAGUGAAGAACCGGAUGAGGGAGAAUGCUGGGUAAGGGAAUCGAGUUAAUAAAAUGUUCUUUUCUGUGACACUCUUUCAGCAAUGAAAGAGCUGGUCAUUUGUGCUCCAGGUGCCGAGUGGAUCACUGUGUUCAGCAAGGCCACCCUUGAGCCGUGAUCGUAGAUCCAUGGGCUUUGGAGGCAUGAGCAUCAUCACCCAUAUGGUUAAAAGCCUUUGGGUUACAGGGGAUAAAUCCAGGGCUGAGCUCUGUUUCCCUGGAAUGCCAGAGCCCUCAAAAUACGGGAGCCUCAAGUGCACUGUCCCUUUAAAAGGGGGCACCUUCAGAACAUACCUGCAAUCACAUAUUUUGGAGGGAAGGUGGGUCCUAAAAGAAGAAACUACUUUUCUAUUCUCUGAAGCUCUGCUUAGAUAUUGGGUGGUGGUAUGAAUGCUUAAUCAUGGAGGUGCCGGGGAACAGGCAUAGGAGGUUUAAAGCCAUGACCAGCACCCACUCACACAACUCAAACUCCAAUGAGAAGAGAAGGCGGGAUUUCUGGCCAGAAAGGAAUUCAUAGCAUCUUGUGACUCUCAAGAGCAUCCUUGUUGGUUUUUGUUUUGUUUUGUUUUGUUUUGCCAUGUCUGUGGCAU